CCCACCCCUCACUCACGCAUCACACACACACCAUGUCUGCAGCCGACGCAUCCAACGACCCGCUUGCCGGCACGGUGCGUCUGCCUCCUCUCGCUCCCCGCUGCACCGCACCUGCCAGUGCUGCCCGCCUGCGCCGCGGGCCCAAGGGAAGAGCAGAGGGCUGCAGGGAGCCUCUGUCGCCUCGCACGCUGCCUGGGCGCGCACGCCCCGCAACGCAACGCCGUGCCCCCUGGGCGUGAGCCUCACAGUGCCUGCACUGCUUGGCUGUCUCGCCAUGGCAAGGCAGUGGCCUCUGAGCAGUUGGGCGAGCAGUCAAGCAGGGCAGGCUAUGCGGCAGUAGCACCCCUGCUCCUCUGCUUCUGCAGCGCGCUGGCCAGAGCCACCGACUUGGAGACCAUGGUCUACCCCUGACUUCCUUGUUGCGCCCGCCUUGCCCUACUGACGCUGGUGAUGCGCACAUACUCGCAGGGCGCCACAGAAGAAGGCGGCGAGCCCGACCCGCAGUUUGAGCCCGUGCACAAGCUCGACACGCAGGUCGAGACCAAGACGCACGAGGAGGACGAGGAGGUGCUGUUCAAGAUGCGCGCAAAGCUCUUCCGCUUCGACAAGGAGGCAAAGGAGUGGAAGGAGCGCGGCACGGGCGAUGUGCGUCUGCUGGCGCACAAGCAGAGCUCCAAGGUGCGCCUCGUCAUGCGUCGUGACAAGACGCUCAAGGUGUGCGCGAACCACUAUGUCACGUCGGACAUGAAGCUCUCGCCCAACGUGGGCUCGGAUCGUUCGUGGGUGUACAACGUGGCGGCAGAUGUGGCCGAUGGCGAGCCGACGGCCGAGACGCUUGCCAUUCGCUUUGCCAACUCGGACAACGCACAGCAGUUCAAGACGUCCUUCGAAGAGGCACAAGCCACCAACGCAAAGGCCAAGGGCGGCGCCGUGUCCGAGGCCGAUGCGCCUCCCGCCGCUGGCGGAGCGACGUCGGAGGCCGCGGCCUCGUCGAGCAAGCCUGCUGCUGCCGCUGCCGAGGAGAAGAAGGAGGCGCAGACCGAGGCGCCGGCGGCGACGGAGGAGAAGCACCAUGAAGAGGAGAAGAAGGAGCAGCAGGAAAUCAAGAAGGACGCCCAGGAGGCUGCAAAGGAGGCUUAGAGAGAGCGCCAGUGAAAGGCUGCGGCGUGCUCUCGCGGGCCCCCUCCAUGGCCGCGCGGGUUGCGGCUGGCCGCGCGCCCUCCCGAUGCUCUCCGCUCUCCGCAACCCUGGCCUGCCAUCUUGUUGCCUCUCUCUUCUCUUUUCCUCCACCUUGACGGGCAGAGACCCAACCAAAUACUAUACACAC